AAAAAAAAGGGAAAAGAUUUCGCAAUACUCCCAGGUUCGGCUUAGUGAGAACCAAACAAUAACAGCGUGUGUCGGUGCUUCCGUCCUGUUUAGACACGAUUCACGUGUUUAAUCGCACGACUUGUGGGUGGUGGACAAGGUUUAAGCCUUGAUAAGGAUGUUCUUCACGUCAUCUUGGUUUCGUCCGACCGCUUUAAGCCGUGGUCCGCAAAGAGCUUACGAAGCGUGCCGAUAUCUCGCUUGUUGAAGAAUAUUGAUCAGGAGAGGGGUAGAAGAAAUGGAGCAGCACGGUGACGUCACCAAGAACCGGACGUCCCUCCAAAAUCUCGUACCUGUCCCCUAGCAAUACCAGGGAGGCUGCCAAGAAAUCCCAGACCUGAAACCAUCUAAAAAUCUCUGGGGAGCGUACAGGCGCGCAGUCGCAACCAGCCUCAACCAGCUUGCAGACAGCAUUCGGCACCACCGGCAGCCUGCGAAGGUGCAGACGUGAGCGCGUGAGAGAGGCAGCGGAUCCAAAUGAGCAAGCAGCCGCAGCAGAAGUUAACCAACACAGAUCAGAACGGAGUGAGCGUCAUACAGAGCCAAGCUCAUAGCGUCGCAAACUCUACAGGAGCUACAGCAGGACUGCAGCAGGUACCACAACUCGUUCCAGUAAGCCCCGGGGGAGGUGGCAAAGCCACGCCACCCAGCAAGAUGAAGAAGACAAACAUGGACAAGGACAGCGACGAGUAUAGGCAGAGGCGCGAGCGCAACAACCUGGCGGUGAAAAAGAGCCGCAUGCGCAGCAAGCAGAAGGCGCAGGACACACAGCAGCGCGUCAACGAGCUCAAAGAAGAGAACGAGAGAUUGGAGGCCAAGAUCAAGCUGCUCAGUAAAGAGCUCAGCGUGCUCAAAGACCUGUUCCUGGAGCACGCGCACAACCUGGCCGACAACGUGCAGCCUGCUACCACGGCAACAGUCACCCCAGGAGACCUCUGUAACAACAACAACAACCAGUGAGAUCGAGUCACACAUCAGGGGCUGCAACUCUGUACCAUAAUAUCUUGUUUUAACCUUUUCUUAAAGGAAAUUUUCAAGAAUUUCCUAUUUUUUUUAGGCCAUUUGCAUUUCAGAAGAAUGAAGCUUUCCCUUUUAGGCAUCAGAUAAUGAAAAAUAUUAAACUUUUUUAACAUUUUGGACCAUAAGUAAAAAAAAUGAAAAAGAAAAGGAUCCGGAUCAGAAUCGGUCGUUUUUCUCUCAGCUCACUGGUUUUCUGUGAUUCCUCUCAUUCUUUUCCUUCAUUCAGAAUCGUUCUCCUUCUGACAUGGCGUGUAAAUAAGCGUGGAGGGAAUGCGGAAAAGCUUUAGCAGAGCUUAGGAAUGCCGUAGGGUCGGAUUUUGUUCUGUUUAAGACUACAGCAAGUCACCAGGCAAGAUUUUUUAUAUAUAAAUUUUUUUUUUUUUUGGGAUGCUGUUUGUUUUUUUUUUGUUUUUUUUGGCAAACACCUCGCCACAGGUCCGCAGCAGCUUGUCAGGUCCAUAAAAGCUGCUCCAAACAUGUCCCACAAGGCAACGGCAAAGACAAGACAAAACAAAUUGAAACGAUACCUUAAGGCUGUUUUUAAGGGGAUUCCCCUGUCUCUUUGUACGAUAUGAUCUUUUUGGUUCUACUCUGAAGAUGUCACUGAAACCAAGAGUCGAGUCAGUCAGCGCGGGACGUGCACGAUCGUGGAAUUGACACUUGUCGUGUAAAUUUGGUUAACAUUCAGCUGUGGUGAAAUGAAAUCGCAGGGGUGGAUGAUAAAAUAAUGUUUCCGUAUUGAAACCUGGCGUAUUUUGUGUGACGUGUCUCGAUUCGGUACUAAGCUCUUCUACCGAUGUGACGUGACGGACGACUUUUCAAUAUCGGAAACGCACAGCUGUGUCUCAGACCGUGCAGCACGUGUGACCUGUCACGAGUCGCGUCGACAGAACGUCACGUCUCGUCUUGCGCUUGUCGACCGACGACUUUUUUUAACGUUCCACACACGCGCCGUGCUACGUGACCUUAAUCGUGUCAACGGUUCCUCUUAACGUCCUCGAUCAGUCGCCGUUCGAUGCGUUCUAGAAAACACGGGAGUGGGACGUGUUUGUGGUUCGUCCACCCCUAAAUUACAUACCGAUGUAAAUAAUGUUGGAUUUAUUUUUUUGUUGUUGAACAAUCCACCAGAUUAUUCAAAAGAACCAGAAGCUUUUUUUAUUUUAUUUUUUUUUGAGACGGCGUGUUCCUGUCCUGGGACAGAAAGAGCCAGACAGCGUGCUGAGCAUGUUGCAUCAGACCCAAGAGCAGACAGCAGACAGUGCUGGCGUUAACAAAAGCCGUUAAAUUGCACUUGAGCCUCAAACCCUUCUUACAAAACUAUCCUGGGCAUAAAUAGAUAGAUAGACAGACAAAAAGAAAGAAAGAGAAGGAGGGAGGAAGAGAGAGGGAGUGGGUGGGACGCAUGCUGUCUGGGGUGUUGGUCGAAUUUAAAAAAAAAAAAAAAAAAAAAACAACAACCCCAAACCGAUUUCAUCACGGCGGCACCCCCCGGUCCGGCCUGUCUGCGUCUCGGUCUGACGCGUGUUUGUGUUUUUUUUUGUACGUUCAGUACAUAGCAAAGGCUUAGACACCGAGGGCGGACCGUCGCUGACUCAUCGAUUAAGCUUCUGGGAAAAAAAAAACACGUGUGCAGUGAUUUUAUUAUUAUUAUUAUUUUUAAUUUUAAUUUUUUAAAUAGACGUUUAGCAUAAUUCCUUCUUUAUCGCUCGUUCACUUUUUUUUUUGCUUUCUCGAUCCUCCGACAGCCAAAAAUCUUUGUAGCAUUUCUACACUGACUUUUUUUUGUACCUCAGGCUACGGCACUAAAGAGACUUUUAGUGUAUUUGUACACCUGUUUAAAAGAAAAAUAAAUAAAUAAAUUAAAAAAAAAAAACACACACACACAGAGUAGAUGAGGCGAUGUAGGUGAUAGCGAUAACUUCAACAUCUUUUUCUCUGAUUCUUUUUGUAAUAUCCUUUUUGUCAUUUUCUAUAUCUUUAGGUAUGAAAGGUUUGGAAAUAAAAAAGCAUGAUGCAUGGUUAUAGCACUGUUCCGAGGAAAAUAAAAUGCACAACACGUUAGCGGAUUCGGCUUCAACACGGGAGUGAAAGGAAAGAAACAAAAAAAAAAACAAAUCGAAGAAACUAUUGUAUCGUCCGUGUUACGUUCCUCAAAUAUUUGAUUAGCACUUUGCUGAAGUAUGAGCGUUGCUGGCCAACUUGCUUUUUUAUAUAAGACGGGGUUAUUGUGCAUUGUAAAUUAAACUUGAUUAUAAAAUGUCAA